AUGAAUCAAACGCGUAAACGAAAGGAAGUCAACAUUUUUAUAUAUAGAGAUGGAGGGCAAGCACAACCUGUUCAACCAGUGGUUCAACCAGUGACUAAAGCUCCUACUGUCACGUGUUAUACCGUCUUCUGCGUUCAGCAGCAACAGAUCACUCAGCCUGCCGUUCAGCCUGUCGUUCAACCUCUCGUACAGCCAGUUGCUCCAGUUAUCCAAGUUCCCGUCCCAGUUGUUCAGCCUAUCAUACAGCCAGCUACUCAGAGCUCACAACGAUGCAUAGGGCCAUGUGUGAAUGGUCAGUGCCCAUCGGGAUACACGUGUAACACAUAUGAAGUGUGUUGCUCAACUCAAAUUUCAUAA